CUCCCGUGUGAGGAAAGAAGCCGCUUCUCCCUCCUCUGGCCCUACCCGGCCUGCCUCGCCCGUCAGAGCGUGAGAAGAGCGAGACCCGGGCGGCCGGGGGAGGAGCCGUUUGGGAAAAGGCCGGAGCGGGCUGGGGCGCCAGCGGGAAUAAUGGGAGGACGGGUUGGCCGAGGUGGAAAAGAAGGCCGGCCUUGGGUGAGAGCAGUUCCAGGAGGCGGAGCUGUCCCUCUGCCUCGGACGGGUCGGGUGCCGGGGCCACCGUCGCUCCUCUUUUUCCUUUCCCGCCGGAGCCUGGUUGGCAGCCCGGCCUGCGCCUCGACCUUCCCCAGUCGCCGCGGGUUCCUUCCUGCAGCCGCCCUCCUUCCCGUGUUCCCUCAGCCGGCUCCCAUGCUGGGCUUCGGGAGGUGCUCUGCCGCCUCCUUUGCCCUUCUGAGGCGCGGCGGGGAGCCGCUCUGGUAGCGUCGGGAGGCGGAGGAGGAGCAGAAGACGCCCGGCUGCUGCUGUUUCGGGCCAGUGCCCCGGGGUAGCCCCUCGCCGGAGCGGCAGCCAUGGGGCUGCAGCCCUUGGAGUUCAGCGACUGCUACCUGGACAGCCCCUGGUUCCGGGAGAGGAUCCGCGCCCACGAAGCGGAGCUGGAAAAGACCAACAAGUUCAUCAAGGAGCUGAUCAAGGAUGGCAAGAGCCUCAUCGCCGCCACCAAGAACCUUUCAACUGCUCAAAGAAAGUUUGCCCAUUCACUGAGAGAGUUUAAAUUCGAAUUUAUCGGUGAUGCAGAAACAGAUGAUGAGCGAUAUAUAGGUGCAUCCCUCCAUGAAUUCUCUAACUUUCUGAAAAAUUUAGAAGAACAAAGAGAAAUAAUGGCACUUAGUGUUACUGAAACUCUUAUCAAACCUUUGGAAAGGUUCAGAAAAGAGCAGAUUGGAGCUGUCAAGGACGAAAAGAAGAAGUAUGAUAAAGAAACAGAGAAGAACUACAGUUUACUAGACAAGCAUUUAAAUAUGUCAGCGAAGAAGAAAGAAACUCAGCUAUUGGAGGCAGACAACCAAGUGGAACAAAAUCGAAAGCAUUUUUAUGAGCUAUCACUUGAAUAUGUGUGUAAGCUGCAAGAGAUGCAAGAACGAAAGAAAUUUGAGUUUGUAGAACCUGUCCUGUCAUUUUUUCAGGGCAUGUUCACUUUCUACCAUCAGGGCUAUGAGCUUGCCAAAGAUUUUAACCACUACAAAAUGGCUUUGCAGAUCAAUAUCCAGAAUACAAGAAAUCGUUUUGAAGGAACAAGGUCAGAAGUGGAAGAGCUCAUGAACAAAAUCAGGCGAAAUCCCCAGGAACAUAAAAGAGCAAAUCAAUUUACAAUGGAAGGCUAUCUUUAUGUGCAGGAGAAAAGACCUCCCCCAUUUGGUUCCAGCUGGGUGAAGCAUUACUGUAUGUACAAAAAGGAGACCAAGAAGUUCACGAUGAUACCAUAUGAGCACAGGUCAGGUGGGAAAACUGGCGAGGUGGAAGUUUUUCUCCUUAAAUCCUGUACCAAAAGGAAUACUGAUACCAUAGAUAGGCGGUUCUGUUUUGACAUGGAAGUAAUAGACAGAUCAGCUAUGCCCGUGACUGUACAAGCAUGCUCAGAAGAGGACAGAAAUCGGUGGCUGGAAGCUUUAGAUGGAAAAGAAGCUGUGGUAUUAGCAAAUUUGAACAGAGCUAAUGCAAAAAGGGAAGGAAGUGCACAGUUGGAUAAGAUUGGGUUCGCUAUUCUCAGAAAAUGCAUCAGUGCUGUUGAAACUCGAGGUAUAAAUGACCAAGGAUUAUACAGAGUUGUGGGGGUGAGUUCAAGGGUCCAGAGACUGCUGAAUUUGUUGAUGGAUACAAAAACAUGUAAUGAAGUUGAUCUGGAAAAUUCCAUUGAAUGGGAAGUGAAAACAAUAACUAGUGCAAUGAAACAGUACUUAAGAAGCCUUCCAGAGCCUCUAAUGACAUACGAUUUGCAUGGAAAAUUCAUCAUUCCUGUCAAAAGUGGAAAUCCUGAGUCCCGUGUUAAUGCUAUACACUUUUUGGUCCAUAAACUUCCAGAGAAGAACAAAGAAAUGCUGGAUAUUUUGGUGAAACACUUAGCAAAUGUUUCAAACCAUGCCAAGAAGAAUCUAAUGACUGUAGCAAAUUUAGGAGUAGUGUUUGGACCAACACUAAUGAGGCCACAGGAAGAAACUGUGGCUGCCCUCAUGGACCUGAAGUUUCAGAAUAUUGUAGUGGAGAUACUAAUCGAAAACCAUGACAAGAUUUUCCAAACUCUGCCUGAUGCCACUCUUUCUGAGCCAGUCUCUGUGUCAGUGUCCCCUCCAAAUGCCCCACCACGACAAUCAAGAAGACAAGGGCAACGUAAUAAGAGGCCCGUUGCUGUAUAUAAUCUCUGUCUUGAGCUGGAUGACAGUGACAGUCUGAGCCCUCCCAAAGAGUGUACUCCCACUGGUAGCAUGGAUUCACUGUCUUCGCAGUCUCCUACAGCUGUUAUCCCUAGCAGCUCUCCAGAGAUAGAAAAGAAUAAUCUUAUACCAGAAAGUGGUGACAUAGCAGACUGGACAGCCAAUCCCCCCAGCCAGACACAUUCAUCAAUGGUUUCCUGGAUGAACGUGCAGUCAAUUGCAGCUCCUACCUCAGUGACACCAAAACCACCAUCUUUCUCUUUCCCCUCCCCUGCCAGAGAAAGUGACAGACCGGCUGGAGGUGCUGUCAGCAGAAAAGCAAGAGCAGUAUAUCCAUGUGAGGCAGAGCACAGCUCGGAAUUGUCUUUUCAGAUUGGGGCAGUUUUUGAAGAUGUGCAUUUUUCUCGAGAACCUGGCUGGCUAGAAGGAACUCUGAAUGGGAAGAGAGGACUUAUUCCACAGAACUAUGUCCAAUUUCUUUAAUUCUCUGUGUUUAAUGUACAGAAAGUGUACAUGGUAUCCAUGGACUUCUGAUACAGUUAUUUCUUUUUGCUUAAAAUACUUUUAAUCAAUGAAGAAUCUGACAAUGAGAUGAAGACUUUCAUCUGUGUAAAAACCUAACAUUUUGCCAAAUAGGAAUUAUGCAGUUGUAAUUCAUGCAAUUUUAUAGGGGUGGGAAGGGUUGUUAAUUUUAUAAAUUUGUAAAGAAUAACCACUAUCUAUAUAUGUUUGCAAGAUAAUCUGAAUUUUAAAGCAAAGACUUGGUUGGUUUGUUAAUCAGCCACCAGUUAAGAUUGUAAAAAAUGUUCACUCUGUCCUUGUAUUCUUAAAGCUUGACAUAUUUGAAGGUUAUUUUGAUUACCAAAAAAGCAGCUACUAAACUCUUGGAAAAGGCCACAUAUAUUGACAAUUCAUUAACUAUUUAAAUGGUGUAAUUGUGGUUAUUUCAAUAGGAGGAGUCCAGUGUUAAUUGUCAGUUAAUUCCCCUUAUUUUGAAAGGGAGCAGGGGUAAUUGUCAUUCAUUGAAACCCAGAAAGAGAGAGAAGAAAACACUACUUUCAAAUGUCUCCAGAGAAUCUACAAAUGUAGACAAUUUACAUGGCUUUAAAUGGAAUAUAUUUUAAGACACAGGCACAUUUACAAGUUUCUUGGCUUCAUAGAUUUUCUACUCAAAACUGAAUGUAACAAAACUAAAAUAAUUUUAGUUGCUAUUAAUUUGAUGACUGCCACUUGUGCUGUGGAAAGGUGUUACUCCUGUUGUAUCGUGUUAUUUUGAACAUCAGUGUUUUGUAUGCCUAAUCUAGAUGAGAGAUGUGGUUGUCGAUCCCUUCUGCUAUUUUAUUUUUAAGAGUCAAAAGCAGCCUCAGGAAGCUGGGAGUUUAAAUAGGGGAAUUGGUGGGGAAGCUAGUUGUUAAAACCCUUUUCCUCCAGCUGUUUUUCUUAUGCAAAUCCUUCCCUUCUCAAGCUGCUUUGCAUGUAUACAUGGGAGAGUUAAAUAUAGCCUCAGUACAUAGGAAAGUAGCUGAGGAUAGAUAUUCAGAAAAACAGCCAGGGAAUGGGUUAAGCAGACUCACCUUCCUCCCCCAACUCUUCCUCAGUACCUUCCCUGCCCCUUCUUCUACAUAAACUUGUGGCCUUCUGAGACCUGUUUUUUAAAUCCAAGAUACCACAUCUAGUUUUGUUUCUUGUCCAACUUCAUGCACAAUCAGGGAUAAGCUAGGCACUGUUUAUUUGUAACUAUUGGAAAAAAUGAAAGCUUAUACUCUCAGUAGUAGUGUGUGAAAAGUGAGAAAAAACACCAUUUUACUGCAGUAUAUUUUUGUGAUAAUAAUUUUCACGUGUGUUAUAUUUGGUAUGACCACAGUCAUUUAAAUACAAAACUUUUUUUAAAAAAAAAUUAUUUGAAAUAGUGCCUCUGCUUUUAUGUUAAGGUCCAUGGAUCAGCUUAAACAGAAUUGCUUCAGUGACUUCUAAUAGUCGCACACUCAGGUUCUUCAAAUGGGCAAACUGUUUCCCUUACAAAGUGCUGUGUCAGUGGAUGGAAGUUCUUACUGUGAGGGCUGCCGCUUUGCUCAUGCAAGUUCUGCUUUGAUGCUCCAUACAGUCAGCAAAUGAUAAAUAUGUGUGAACCAUCUGAAAGAUCCAGCAUGUUGAAACUCCUCUGGUCAGCCCUUUUCUGCCUAAAAUAGCAUCUUACAUGAAUAGGCCCACCAAAUCAAUUGAGAUGACAGUUGGGGGGGGGGGGACACAAAAGCAGUCUUAAAGUCUAAUCCCUGUUUAUUCUUUUUAUAGUUAUUUAUACAUUAUCUGUUUGCUUAAAUACUAUACAAAGUUUAGUUGUACUUUCAACAAUGAACUGCAUACCACUGCUGCAUAUAUGCUAAUAAUGUGCACAUGCCACUGUACGAGAGGGUUGCUACAUGUGGUGCACAUGCGUGUACACUCCAGCCAGUGGUAGAUACUAGAGCCAUCACCUCACCGUCUCUUAAGGAGUGUGCAUAGCAGGUCUAAUCUGUUAGCUGUUUGCUACUUUUUCACUUAUGUUUUGGGCUGCUGCUAGGAGAAGAAUGCUGCAUCUUGCUCUCUGGAGCAUCUCACAAGCUGCAGAUGAACAGUUUUGUAAUCCUUGCCUGUCUUCCCAAAUACUCUGCAAAGUAGAACAUUACAAAACCCAUUUUGUGGGAUUUCAACCCACAUUCCCACAGCUUUACAAGUCAAAAGUUGUCAAUAUCUUAGAGGUUUAUCUCAUUAAAACUGUUUAUUUGCUUUAUUAGAUAAUCUGUUAGCAAAUCAUUUCUCCAGCAAGGAA